GAUUGAUUGACAAUUGACAUCUAGGUGGAAGUGACUUUCUGGUGAAUUGGUUUUACCUAGUAUUUAUUAAUAAACCAAUUUAUAGAUAAUAAUAAUUCAAAUAAAAUGUGAAGUAAAUGAAUAUGGAAUUCUUCAAUUGAUUAUAUUGCUUGUAAUUGAAUAAUUUGCUUCAGUACCUUUUUCAAUUAUCUUUAGAUUUUGCUAGGCAUAAGUGAAUAUUUCUUACAUGGUGAUAAAAUACAAUUUCAUCACACUCCACUUUUGCAAUUUUAUUUAAUCAAGAGAAUUCGUUCUCUUGAAGAAAAAAUGAGGUUACAUACUUGAAAAUGGACAACUGGUACUCCGAAUGGGUAGUCGAAGGCCCUGACUUUGACAACUCUCAAAAUUCUCAAUAUAUAGCAUCGCAUUGGAGUGAAGGUGAAGAAGAUAACACUGCGGACAGUACUCAGUUGUCUGCAGAAUAUCCUGAUCCUGUUGUGGAAGAAAAUGAGAGUAAAAAUGAUACUCCUAUCAAGUCAAGUUUCAAAAAUGUUGCACUUGCAAAAAAGAGGCUACAGGCAUAUACCAAGCAGACAACCAAUAAGACAACUUCAAAAGAUGAAAAGGUUGACAGUGAGGAUAAGCCUGAGAAAAAUGUGUCGAAAAAAUCCAAGAAAGUUCUAUAUCCUGACGAAAAAGCAAAAAUUGUAAUUCAGGAAAUUGAAGAUAUAAAGAAAAAAGAAGUUGAAGAAAUCCUGAAAAAACAACUAGUUGCUGAAGCUAUAAGAACAAUGAGUUCUGUCAGUUUGAGACCUCGGUCCAGAUCCUUAUCCUCAGAACGGGCGAAACGUUUCAAACGAAGGGAGAUCAAGAGUCGCAAUUAUCGGCGCACAGAUUCUAUCAGUCGAAAAUCGGUCUCCCCAGAAGAUCAGGGCAGAAAAAAUCGUAGAAGGUCAUCUCCUGUUCAUAAAAAAUCAUUGUAUCCAAAAAAUUGGGCUGAAUAUAAAGAACAGAAAUUAACACCUGCUAAAGACGAAUGCCUCAAGAGAAAGUGUUUUCCUUCAUAUUCAAAUAAUUACAUAGAUAUGUAUAACAGAAUUUACAAUUUCGCUCUACCCUCAACGCCUCUUGAACCAUUUCGAUGUGGAACAGAACAUGGAGAAAAGAUUAUCCCAACUUCAUUUGUAAGAGCUCAACCAUCCAGUAAAAGAAACAGGAGCCAACCGUGGUACCAUAAAUCGUGGAAAAAAGCUGGGGAACCAGAGUGUAAGGUUUUGGAAAAAUCUGUCGGUUUGUCAUUUCUUCAGAAUUAUUCAGACGAAGAGGAGGAAAAUGAAGCUGAAGAAAUUGUGAUUUGUAGCAGCAUCAUUGAUAAAAAAAAUGAACACACUGAUUCUGCUACAGCAAUAACUGAAGAAAAUGAGAAACCUGAAGACUUAGUUGACAAUAAAAAUACACUUCCUACUAGCAACAUCAGGACUAAGAAAAAGGAUCACAGUGGCUCUGCUUCAGCAAUUACUUGCAAUAAUGAAAAAGCUCAAGAAUCAUUCGAAAAUUACACUGAAGAAAUUGUCUUUAAGAAUAAGGACCACACAGAUUCAGUAAAAGAAACAAUCAAAAAGGAUGAGAUCAUCAAUGAGUUAGUAGAUUCUUCCAAAAAGGCCUCCCCAAAUGAGGAGGAACGCAAAAAAGAUAAAUGUGAUUGGGAAAUAACAGCUCAUCUGAAAAGUAAUGUGGAUAAUCGUGAUGAAGAAAGAUUGACACCCGUUAGGCUGAAUUGUGAUUAUCAAAUAUCCAAAACAACUGAUGGUGAUGAUGAGAAAAUUUUUUCGAGUGAAGUUGAAACGAAUGAGUUGGAAGAAAGACUGACCCCCAUCAAAUUUGAUUUGAAAUUGGAAUUGAACAAGAGAAAAGAGCAUCAUUUGGAAAGAGUUGACAGUACUGAAUACAAGAAAAAUAGAGCACUAGAAGUUGAUGAUACUGACCGAUUAACUCCAAAACAGAUCUGUUGUAAUAAUGAAACCGUUGAGUAUAACCAGGAUAGGCUAACACCAGAAGAAAUUUCACACCAUGACAAUCAGAAAAUUGAUAAAUUCAGCAAGAACAAAUACAAGGAUAGGUUGACCCCUGAAGAACUGUCACGCGAUGGCAAAUCUGAAAUAGAUGAAAUCAGCAUGACAAAAAACGUCAUCAAGGAGCUAGAAAAGGAACUAGAAAAAAGGAAGAAUUUAAAAGAAGACAGAGCGAAAGCUAAGAAGAAGAAAGCAGGGGUGAAGAGAAGAAGAGAGUCCUCAGAUAUUGAAGAUGAAUUGCCUAAAAGCAAAAAACGGAAAAAGAAAAACAAACAAAAAAAGAAAAUUUCCUCAGAUGAGGAAGACAGUGCAAGCUCUGAAGAAGAUAAAAAGAAGAAAUAUAAGAGGUACAAGAAACGCAAGAGUGAGAAGUCAAAAAAAAAGAAAAACAAGUACAAGAAGGACAAGUCGCGACGAUUGAAAAAUAAAAAGAAAAAAGAAUCGUCCGAAGAGAGAUCCAUGAAUGAGAAAAGUGCAAAAAAGAAAAAAGAGGCAAUUGCUGACUUGUCAGUUUCGGAAGAACCUAAGAAAAAAUCCAAAAAAAAAGACAAGAAGACGAAGUGUAAUGAAUUAUCAGUCAGUGAAGGAGCUAGUUUCUUGAAAGAAAACAAAAAAGAUAAGGAGAGAGGUGCUCACGAUCAAGUUCCGAAAACUGAAGAAAAGAAAAAAUAUGACGACUGGGAAGAGGAAGAGCUCUUGAGGAGAACCUUUUUGACGCUGGAAAGAGAGAGAAGUGAGAGAAUGAAUUCAAAACUGACCAAUCUUGGGUUAGUUGAAAGCUUAGAGAACAAAUUGGAAAAGACAGGAAUAGAGCAAAUGGUGGGAAAAAGCAAAGAGAGGAAGAGACACAGUAGAGAAAGCUAUAUUACCAUGAUGUCAGUGGUUGAAGCUGAAGUAUUGCAGAAUCAAGAUGUGAACAUAUCAAGAGAGAGAAAUGACUAUUUGGACGGAAGAGGCAAAGAACGAAAAUCCUCAAGAGAAAAGACUGACGUGGUAAGUGGCUUUCCUAGUAAACAAAACAAAUUCAUAGACAAGCGCUACAAAGACGAGAAGAGGAAAUCAAAGAAAAUUGAAGACGUAAGGCCUCCGCUGUUUAUAAAGCAAGAGCCUGAAUGGAUAGAGGAUAAUGAUACCAAAAGAAUCGAUGAAGAUGCUUCGAUAACAGACAAACUUGAACAGUUUCCACUUGCUAAAGACACAAUGGAGGUAGCUAAAGACCUUGGCACACCUGACACUGACGAAUACCGAGGGAACUGGGAAAAAGACUCUUCUCCGGUGUGGGAGAGCGACGACGAAGGUGUUACAAAGACGAAAGAGGAUAUCAACACAUCCUGGGAGAGCGACGAAGAAGUUCACGAAGAGGUUAGGGUCGUCGAUAAGCCCCUCAACUUUGCGGAAGGUUUGGAUUUGGAAAUACCUUUGAACAUCAAACCCUUUAAACGCAGGGAAAUCAUCGACGCUGAUAAAGAGCUGCAGGUGCUGAAAAUACAAAGCCAGUCAUUAAACGAAGAGCGAAUUCAGCUGGAAUUGGAUAAAAUCAAAAUUAAACAACUGGAACUGGCCGUCAUCGAGGAGGUGGAGUGUAAAGAGAAGGAAUCGCCGCCGAAGCGAAAGAGAAGCAAGGAAGAAACCAUCGACGUAGUUGAGAACAAGACUAAACGAAGAAGAUGGGACAAGAAGGAAGCAGAUACGGUAGUGCAUCACGAUCGGAAAUCUCCAGAAGUCGUUGCGAUCGAUCUUUCAGAGUCGACUUCUUCAGUGAACACCAGUGCAGUUCUGGAAAACGAGUACGAGGAGUUUAUUAAAGCUGUUACUUCAAAGCCCCGCAAUGAAGACUUGAGAAAGUUAAAUGAAAGUAUUAUAUCCCUCAGCAGCUUCUCGGAUUUCAGCGAUUCAAAUUGCAGCUUCGACAAUCGACACUUGAUCGACGUUAAAUCAAUGAAAAUGAGCACCCCUAUAAAGAGUGAUAAGAUCGGCGAAGCAUCGACAAGCCAAAUCAUCAUCGCUCCGAAAGAUAUUCCAUUCAUUCCAAUGCCUGGGGAAGUGAAGGUGAUGCCUGGAGAAGUGAAGCUGAUGCCCGGGGAAGUGAAGUCGAUACCUGCGGAAGUGAAGCCGAUACCUGGGGAAGAGAAGCUGAUACCCAGGGAAGUGAUGUUGAUGCCUGAAGAAGUGAAACCAAUGCUUGGGGAAGUAAAGCAUAUGCCUGGGGAAGUAAAGCAUAUGCCUGGGGAAGUAAAGCAUAUGCCUGGGGAAGUGAAGUUGAUGUCUGGAGAAGUAAACUCGAUGUCUGGGGAAGUGAAGCCGAUGUCGGGAGAAGUGAAGCUAAUGCUCGGAGAAGUGAAGCCGACGCCGGUUCCGGCACCACCCAUAGACAUCAAGACGAUAUCGAAUUUGAGUCUUCCUAGUGAGAAUCUGGCAUCAAUUAUUGAAGUUUCGAUUGGGAUACCUCUGGAUUUGAAGCCUGUCACUCCUUUACUGGUCGAUCCCGAACCCAAAGCGGAAGAUUCGGUCGUUAGUAGCAGCGUAUUCGACAACUCUGUGAAGGAAAUGAGCGAGAUUGGUAGUACAGAGAUAUCGGCCGAAGUUACUUCUGCAGCUCCCCUCAAGGAAGAGCCUAUCAGUUUGGUUGCACAGGAAGCUCCUGAAAAGCCUUUUAGCUUUACCAGCUUAAUCCUGCCUUCGAAGAAGCUGCUAAUAAACAACUCUAAAUUGAAUCUCGGAGAUUCAGACGAUGAAAGCAAUAAAAUGAGAGCGAUUGAUGAAAUUAGGCUAGAGAAAUCUAUUUCAUCUGGCAAGUCCAGAAAACUGCCCGAGGAAGAGUUGAAAGAAGAAAAUGCCCUGGAAAUCAAGUCACGAGUGAAGCAAGACAUUGUUCAGGAGGUGAAGCAAGACCCUCCUCGAGAGGUGAAGCCAGAUGUUGCACGGGAUGUGAAGCCAAAUGCUGCUAGGGAAGCGAAGCAAGGCGUCUCAAAGUCGGAGGACGGAAAGAGAAGACGUUCGAGGUCACGCAGUCCAAAGAGUGGAGCACAUCACGGAAGGGAAAGAGCAGAGAGAAAAGCUUCUUCGCCGAGGAGGGGUUCUGAUUCAUCAUAUUCGUCGCGAAAUCGAAGGAGAGAGAGCUCUCCGAGAAGAAGGGGAUGGUCUCCGAGAAGGCAUUCAUCUCCGGCGAGGUCACCUGUUAGGAGAAAAUCCUCUCCAGGCGGCAGAAGGAGAUAUUCUUCUAGAAGAAGUAACUCUCCCAGUCACAGAAGACGUUCGCCUUCGCCAAGAAGAAAAUCCCCUAAGAGAUCUACUUCUCCUAGAACUUCUUCAUUGAAAUCGUCGAGAAGGGGGCGUUCCAGAUCUCCCCAAAAACCCGUGAAAUUCCACCAAACGUCUGAGAGGUCUUCGUUGGAAGCACACACAUCAGAACCUCCUGCAGUUAUCGCUUCACCUUUAGAAGAACUGAAAAGAAGCGUAGCGGAUUCAACAAUUUCGGACGAUUCCUUACUGCCUCAACCUAAUUUGGAGGAGAUGACUGAAUCACCUUUGUCGCAUUUCUAUGGAAGGGCAAAGACGGAUAUGUCUAGGCAGCUGUCGAUGAACGAAGGCGUUCGCCAGAUUUUAGGUUACGCCAAAGAAGAUCUCAGACCGAUUAGCACGACCUACGACAACUACAGGUACGAACAGAACCAACUGUCGCAAAUUCUAGAGACCAUCGGCCAGUUCUCGAGAUCGGCUAAAAUCGAAGCCGGCAUACCUUCAAAAAGCGAAGUGUUCCAUAAUAAAAUUACGCCUGUUGACAUCGAAGUACCGGCCAGUAAGGCUCUUCAGAGUAUGCCUCAAUCGCAGAACAGUUUUGUUCAAGUAGGUAAUAUGGUACAAAUUGUUCCUAGUGAUUUGAAUGUCAAGACUGAAGCUCUCCAAGCAGCUGUUACCGAUAGAAAACUUGGGAACGAGAAACAAUUGCAUCAACAAGAGAAUAAGACUCGAAUUGUUCAG